CAUAUAAAAGUCAGAAUUAUAUCAAAAUGGCUGACCUAAAAAAAGAUUUGGAUGAAUAUUUGUUACUACAGAGUGAUACCAAAAAAUCGUUUAAGAUACCGUCAUUUCAAAAACCUGAUAUAAAAGGAUGGUUUAAUCGUAGCCAAAGUACUGAUGAUGUUGAAGGAAGUUGGUUUCGUGAAACUCAAAAAGACUGUUGUCCUUCGAUGACACGAUUGCAGCGUAUUACUGGUUUUGUAAUAUGUAUUGUCAUGGGAUUCUUAUGUUUUGGAUUGUCAUCGAUUUAUAUUCCUGUAUUGAUAUUUAAAGCUAGAAAAUUUGCUUUGCUCUACACAUUAGGCAGUUUAUUUUUUAUCUUUAGUUUUUCAUUCUUAUGGGGACCACUAACACACUUAAAGCACAUGUUUUCACGUGAACGUUUAUGUUUAACACUAUGCUAUGGAAGUACACUGAUUGCAACAUUAUACUUUGCACUGUUUGUUCAAAGUACACCGUUAACCGUUUUAGCAGCAGUUGGACAAAUAAUCACAUUAUUAUGGACAACAGUAUCAUCGAUUCCAGGUGGUAUGACUGGUGUGAAAUUCUUUUCGAAAAUGUUUUCGAGUUCUGUAUCGAAUACAUUACCUGUGUAAUAAACAAACCAAAUUGAAAAUUGAUCAUAAUGUAUGUUUC